AUGAAGUUCUUAAGUACUGGUCUCCCGCUCUUUGCAGCUAUCCCUCUCGUCACUGGCAUUGCUAUUGCUUCUACAAAGAUGGAAGCCCUUCAGAAACGUGGUUUCAUUAAUGGACUCUUCUGCUGUCCAGUUGCAGAUGUACCUGGCCUCACUGAAGUCAACACUAACCUUGUGGAGCAAGUUGGUCAAUUCAUUGUCAAUGAAGACCCAGGUAUGAUUAUUAAAACCGACCCAGAGUCAUGCCAGAAUGUUGUCUGCGCUGGGGAAACGGAGGGAAACAUUGCGGUCAAAUUUUGCAAUUUUCAACCGAGUUUCCCCUUGAGCAUCGAGGCCGGUGCGUUAGUCCAGGCAAUAGACAGUAUUGCAUCCGAGUGCGGUGGCAGUGGAAACACUUGCGGAGUGCUAUCGAGUGAGCUGGGGUAUACCAUAACCGUAGCUGGUCGCCAGUCGCUUGGUGCUAGUUGUUAG